AUGGCAAUUCAGGUCGCAGUCUAUUUAUGCCGUCCAAUCCCAACCGGGCUGGUCUCGCCCGACCCAUCGUCCAAAGACUCGGGCUACUGGUCACCGCUCUGCUGCACGCUGAUAUACACCCCCACCACCGCCGUUCUGGUGGACUGUCCUCCGAGCGUGGAUGCGACAAAUGAGCUGGCAUCGUGGGUUCGGUCUAUACUGCCACCUGGUUGUGUCCUGAAGCACUUCGUCGCAUCGCAUGCCCACGGAGAUCACUUUUUUGGGUUCCCUGUCCUGAAGACUACCUUCCCAAGCGUCACGGCCACCGGAACCAAGAGCGUUGUCGAGGGUAUUGCGCAGCAAUACUCUGCCCAAACCUACAAGGAGAUGUGGGAGGGGACUUUCCCUCCCAGCAAAACAGCAGGCACUGGCAUGCCCGAGGCGAAGGCCGAGUUCGUGUCCCUGCCACCGUCUAACAAAAUUGACCUGGACGGCCACCUCGUCAAGGCCUACGACGUGCCGCACGGAGAUACGCAUGCCAACUCCUACCUCCACGUGCCCGACCUAGGGCUCGUUGUCGCGAGUGACAUUGUAUAUAACGGCGACUGUCACCAGUGGCUCGGCGAGGCGGACACGCAAGAAAAACGGGAUGGAUGGAUGGAGGCCGUGGCGCAGAUUGAGGCGCUGAAGCCGCGGAUGGUCGUCCCCGGGCAUACGUUCGAGCCCAUGUCGGAGCCAGAUGAGGUGGUUGUGAUGUCGAUGCUCAAAGGCACGAAGGACUACAUCAAGGGUUUCGAGGAGGAACUGAAGAAGGCAGGAAGCGAGGACGAGUUGUUUAAUGCAAUGAGGAACCGCUUCUCGAGAUGGAACCUGUGGAUCCUGAGCGCGGGAUGUCGCGUUGGGAUCCUAUCCAAGCAGUCUACAAGUGCCGCAGGGCGCGAGUAG